AUGAAAUACGUGUCUAUCUACUUUUACAUUUUAUUCACUUUUGCAUGUGCGUUCCAAACCCAAGACGACGACUGUGACGUUCCCUUUCCUUGGACAGCGAUGUCUGGUAUGGAAUGGAAAAUCAAGUCGCAGGGUUCCGAGACAGCUCUCAAUUUUGACUUGAGCGCUGCCAUCCCACCAGCGUGGGUGAAAAGUGUUGAUGACGCUAUUACUAAAAUGGAGAUGCAUCUGCUGCGUUUAUAUGCUUUGGAUUCAAACGUUGGGAUUGCUGAGCAAAUUUAUACGCAGUGUCAGUCGGUGAAAUCGUCGAGCAAUGAUUUGGUGCUAGGACUUGAGGGAGACGAAUGGGGACCCGUGCACCAUCAUCUGGAUCAGAUCAUCAAAAAAGCGAUUCGUAACUUGGAAGCGGAUUUCGAUGUGGCUUUCACAGAUGCCACAACAAGUGCCACAAAGCUUGUGCAAAAUUCCAAAAAAUUGACGACUGCGCUUAAGGAGAUUUCUGUUCUCGUUGAUAAUAAGUUUUCACCGGUUACUCCAAAUUACACACCUGAUCUACAUGAAUUUGCCCACUCAAUUGAUGAGCUGGAGGUUGGUAGAAUUAUUGCGGAGGGAAUCGCUAAAAAAAUUGAGCAAAUGGUGGUAGGAGGUGACCUUCACGCUGCAAUCACAGAAAUAGCCAAUAUUUUCGGAGAUUUGGGUGUACUUUUAACAGCGUAUGCCACAGGUUUGGCGAUUUGUGCCGGUAACGUCAUAUUCGUCCUCUGCGGCGUAUCAAUUUUAGUCUGCGGUGGAGGCACAGUGAUAUUCAUUUGUAGACUCCUCCAGCAUCUCAACAACAUUUACAAAGUUUUGGGCGUGUAA